AUGCCUGAAGACAACAACGAAAAGUCCGACAACGGCGAGUCUGAGAACAGCUGGUCCGACGGUGACUACGAGCGCUACGAGCUCGAGGCACUCGCUAGGAUUCCUACCAUGCCACAGGAGGUGCAAGACCUCAUCUGCUCAUUCUGCGACUUGUACUCUCGCGUCGCGCUCUGCGCACUAAACAAAGAAUGGAAUGCCAGGAUCACACCUCUUCUCUGGGCGGAACUCGAUUUCGCCGACGAAUUCGAGGACGAAGACCUGGUCGAGAGAACGCGCAAGUUCUUCGCCGCGUGCGAUACAAUGAUUGACGAGUCGCCAGAGCGGUUCGCAGCUCUGGCCUCCUACGUCCAAACACUGAACUUGGGAAGACUGCACGGGGUUAACAUUGUCCAUCAAAAAUUCGACGGGAACCCCUACGUAUUUUUCGACGACGGUGAUGGGGGAAGGUGUGUAUUUGAUGUGAUUGCGCGGUUCGUCAACCUCCAAUCACUGUCAGUAUACGUGAAGAGCUGGUGGGAGAGUCCUAAUCUCGCAGCAAGCGGCAGGGCACUCGCCCGUGGACUUACCAAAUUGACGUCUUUGAAGCUUGGAGGCCAAAUGUCAACGGACGUCUUGCUGGGCCUGUUGAACAAGCCGGAACAGCUCAAAGACCUCACUCUGAUAAAUCUGAUCGAGACCCCAGGUCAGGACUAUGGCCCUGACGGUAUUGCCUUUCUAUCGGGAAUUAGCCAUCGCUUCACUAGCCUCGAGACAUUGCAUCUGUGCAAGCUUGCGGACGUGGACGGGCGGCUCUCGGACGAUGAGGACAACAACGAUGAGGACGACAACGAUGAGGACGACAAUCGAAGAGAGUACGCCUCUGGAAUGCGGUGGAGAUUCCCCCGAGAAUCCGAGGUCUCUGUCCUGGAGGAUUGGGCCUCGAUACUUCAAAAUACAUGGAAAACCCUCCAGUCACUGACAUUGGAGAAUCGCUACCUUUGCAGCUAUAACUUUGAUCGCCGCUAUGACUCUGUCAUCGACCCAGGAAACACCCAUCCCGCCGAUUAUGGAGCCUUUUCAAUCCGAGAAAGCCAACGAGUGCUCUUUCCGGAACUUUCGAACCGCCGGUGGCCGCGGCUGUCGAACUUGACACUGAUCGGUAUGGGCACGGUCGAAGAUGUGAGCCAGGCAGUUUCUCAUCUUGAGCCACGAGUUCACGUCGAGCAGCGGCCGGCUCACACUGAAACUAUGGGAGGGGAUGCCACCCCGGAGGAAAUAUCGACCCCUAUUGAGUUUACAUACAUCUUGAGUCAUGAAAAUAUUACAUAUGAAUGA